CAAUCCGAACUUUUCAAUUGCCCCACUCUCCCACCCCACGUUAUGUCUCUAACAGACUUGCAUACGAUACUCGCUUUCAAGGCGGGUCGCGCAGUGAGGCGUGAGGGGACGAACACCGUCGAACCGACUCUUACCAAGGGCGCAAUCGUCGUCGAGCGCGAGCACGAUGAUCUCCUCCAUUUCAUGUGGAAAAACCGGGAGACAAAUGAAACUGAAGAGGAUCUUUUGUUGUUCCCGUCAGACGCGACUUUCGAGCGCGUCACGCAAGCCGACGGACGGGUCUUCGUACUCAAGUUCUCCUCUUCAGACCAGAGGCAUUUUUUUUGGAUUCAGAAUGGAUCUUCCGACCGAGACGCUGAAUUCGUCCGUCACAUCAACAAUCUCCUACGCAUUCCCGGAUACAUCCCCGUCUGGGAUGCUCGGACCCCUGCGCAAAGGGCGGCCCAGGAAGCAGCCAAUGCACAAGCAUCGUCCUCGUCUUCUCAACCCCAACCAACACAAAGUACGGGUGCUGAUGCUGGUGUGAGUACGAGAGUAGGCGCAAGCAACGCACAGCCUACUCCGGAGCAGCUCGCUCAGCUUCAAUCCUUGGUAGCCCAAAUGUCUAGUGCCACUAGUACCAAUGUUGAACUAGGCAUUUCAGAACUCUCUCUGACCGACAUCCUUACUCCUGCGGUUCUCACGCCCCUUUUCAAUACGCGCCCGAACCUAAUUCCGGCCAUUUUCCCUUACCUACCCCCCGACCUUCCGACGCCUCCCACACCCGAAGUGCUCUCUGGCAUCGUAGCAUCCCCACAGUUCCGGGGCGCCGUCAUCAGCUUUGACCGUGCACUGCGUACUGGUAUGCUUGGCGGACUUGUCAGGCAGCUCGGACUGCCGGAAGAGGCAGGCACGAGUGUGGAAGCAUUCUUAAGGGCCAUUGGGGAGCAAGCGCGAGAGAGCGGGGAGAGUAUGGACACGGAUUGA